AUGGAAGCACAUUCUGAAGCUACUCACCGCACGAGAUAUCAGCAUCUAGUUGAGAAACUCAUAUACUUGUCCCACACAAGACCCGACAUAGCUUAUGCAGUUGGAGUAGUAAGCCAGUUCAUGCAUGCACCUCAAGUAGCUCACUGGGAAGCAGCGCUCAGGAUUGUUCGAUACCUGAAGGGAACGGCAUGCCAUGGAAUUUUGUUCGAGAAUCAUGGACAUUUGGAGAUUCAUGGGUUUACCGAUGAUGAUUGGGCAGGAAACCCGAAUGACAGGAAAUCUACUGUUGGUUAUUUGACUUUUGUAGGGGGAAACCUUGUCACAUGGCGAAGCAAGAAACAGAAGGUAGUAGCAUUGUCAAGUGUUAAAGCAGAAUUCCGAGGAAUCAAGAGUGGAUUGACUGAGAUUCUCUGUUUGAAGAAGUUGAAGACAGAACUGAACCUAAACUCAUAG